AUGGCCCUGAGUCGGGGCACUAGUCUCAUUCUCCAUGAAGACCCCGAGAAGACACCAAGUCCUAACUCCUGUGAGGUUCCAGGAAUGAUAUCCAGCACCACACCUAGGCCCACCCCAGACCUGGCCCUGGCUCCUCCCCCAGCACAUGGCCUGUCUCUCACGCCGACCCUUCAUCCAGCUCUGAGUCCUGACCCAGAGGGGGUCUCUGGCCCAGUGUCUAAUGACGUCCCCAGCCCCAAUGCCAGUGGGGCCAUGACUCCACCCUCUGUCCAGACCAACACUGUGGAUGCUGCUGACCAGAGUUUGAACCACACCUCCGGGCCCGACUCUGCAGGGACUCUCUGUCCAGACUCACAGCCAGUUCAAAGCCCCAGCUCUACCCAGGCCACUGUUUUGAGUCCAGAGAAUUCUCCUAGGCUAUGCUCUGAGGAUAUCUCCAAGUCCCUCUCAAGCAAGGUUUUUGGUUUGGGUCAGAGUAACUCUAACCCUUCUAGGCCUGAGCCAAACCUAUAUAUAAGAGCUCUUUCCAGAGAAGCCUUGGUCCGGGGUCAUAACAUCUCCAGACAGGGGUCACAGGUGCCUCUUCUUCUCCCGUCUAACACUUCUUUGGACCGUCUGCACUCUGGGAACAUCUCCAAGGUGAACCUGGGCAUAGCUCCAAACUCGAAUGAGGCCAUCACGUUGACUUCACAUACCAUUUUUGCAUCUGUUUCUAAAGAGGCCUUGAGUGCACCCUGGAACACAGGCUCCAAGGGGUCCAUCAAUGUGACUUCCAACAGCCAGCCCAAGCCCGGUUUAAAUGUGACCGUCACUCACGCUUCACGCGUCAGCCUGAUUCCUGGUUCCAGCGAAGGACUCAGCCUGCACUCUAGUGCCAAAGUACCCAACUCCACCCUCUCUCCGUCUUCCUGCAUGACGCUGAUCAUGGGCUCCGAGUCCCUGAGCAUGGACUCCAGCUUCGUGGUGACUGACACCUCCACCCUGACCCUGAGCAGCCAUCGAGAUUAUUCUGAAGACAACAGCAUCCGCACCAUGCCCCUGGAGGAGAAUCUGGGAAAGUGGGACAGCCUGCAGGGUGUCACAGCUUUCCGGAGCCCCCCAGAGGGAACCUCAGAAGAUGUGCCGGUCAACGAGCCAGAGAAGAGAGACCAAGACAACAAAACAGCUCUGGCAGAGAACAUCAUCACUUACCAGAAGAAUCAGGACACGGUGGAGAUGAAAGGAGAGAAGGAGACAACCGUGAAGAUGAUGAUGAGACAGAUUCAGGAGGAGCCGCUGGAUUCCCUUUUGAGUCCUGCUCGACGGCAGGCCAUGGAGAUCCUGGCACAGCUGAGUCACACCAAGCCUAUCCUGAGUGUGCGGGAGAGGGUGGAGCUGGUCAACACCUGUGUGCGGAGCGUGUUCUCACUGCCUUCGGUGCAGGCCAUGCAGGAGAAGGACGAGUCAAAGGCAGACGUCAUCCAGACGCUUUAUCACCAGACCUUGGAUUCCUUGCAGAAACUUCUGAAUGCCCUUUUUAUUGAAGACCCCACUCCUGCUGGGCUGAAGAGCAUCCUGGAGCCCCUAGGGCCCUGGAUGAAUUCUGGGAAGGCCCAUGAGCGAGCUCGGGCUGUGAACAGCAACGUCUCUGUGUUGAACCACACGCUUGUGACCCUGCCAUUCUUUAUAUCCUCGGGGUUCCCAACGCUGGGUCUUCUGCUGGGGAGGCUCCUUCUUCGAAUCGGGGAUCCUGAUGAAGAGAUCGGCCGGGAGGCUUUGGAUGGCAUUACCAUCCUCUACACCAUCCUGGAUCUCCAGAAACGGACCAAGAACAAGGAAGAGACCAACAAGAAGGAGCUGUAUGAGAACAACAAGCGCUUCCUGGGGCCCUACAACCCUGUCAGCCCGUGCCAGAACAUUCUGCGUGUCAUUGCGGAAUUUGGAGACUUCCUGGGGCCUCAGCAGGUAAGGGACCUGCUGCUAGCAGCCUUGGAAGGCCUGAAGGACAUCUCUGAGACCCAGGGCAAGGACUCCGGAGAGAUGAUGCAGCUGGCGUCCGAGGUCAUGCUCAGCUCAGUGCUGGAGUGGUAUCGCCACAGGGCACUGGAGGUGAUCCCGGAAAUCAUGCAGGGCAUCUACCUGCAGCUGAACCACAUCCAGGAGCCUCGGGCACGCGAGGUGGCUCUGCUGCCCAUCUCCUUCCUGGCCAGCUCCUUCAUGACCGAGGUUGUGGUGGCCCUGCUCAUGUGCCCCCUCCCGCUGGACAGCAACGGGGCAGAGAUGUGGAGGCAGCUGAUACUUCGAAAGCCCAGCUGUGAUGUCCGAGACCUGCUGGAUCUGCUCCUAACUAGCCUGAAGGAGAAGCCGGUGACCAAGAAGGGUCGGGCCUCCAUUGUGCCCCUGGCGGCAGCCAGUGGUCUGUGUGAGCUCCUGUCCGUCAACAGCUGUGUGGGCCGUGUGAGGCGUAUCUACCCUCAGCUGCUCCUGGCUCUGCUCAUUCAGGUCCACUAUCACAUUGGCCUCAACCUACCCAGCCGUGUGGCUCCUCGAAAGGAUUCCAAGGAUGACACACAGCCUCCUCUCUUCGUACCCGUACGCUGGAUGGUGAAGGUGGUGAAAACCCUGCUCCUGAAGAUGGGCUGUUCUUACGAGUCCACGUUUCUGGAAGAGCAGGGAGGCUGGGAGCUCAUGGGCCAGGCAGAGAGCCACUACCGGGGAGUGUCCCUGCUGGCAAGGGCCAUGGUCCACUACUCAUGCCAGGAGCUGUGUCGCAUCCUCUACCUGCUCAUCCCCCUUUUGGAGAGAGGUGACGAGAGACACAAGAUCACAGCCACCGCCUUCUUCGUGGAGCUCUUCCGCAUGGAGCAGGUGCGCCGCAUCCCUGAGGAAUACUCUCUGGGGCGGAUGGUAGAAGGCCUGAGCCACCGUGACCCCAUCAUGAAGGUGCUGUCCAUCCGGGGCCUGGUAAUCCUGGCACGCAGGUCUGAGAAGAUGACCAAGGUGCAGGGCCUGCUGCCUUCCAUGGUGAAGAGUCUGAAGAACAUGGACGGCGUGCUGGUGGUGGAGGCUGUCCAUGACCUCAAGAGCAUCUUCAAGGGGCAGGGCAAGAAGCUAACGGACAACUCGGUCUACGUGGAGAUGCUGCAGAUCCUGCUGCCUCACUUCGUUGACGCAAGAGAAACGGUGCGGGCUGCCUGCAUCAGCAUAUACGGCAAGGUGGUGAAGAAGCUCCGGACACCCCGCACCCAAGCCAUGGGCGAGCAGCUGACCAGCACGCUGAUGCCCCUGCUGUUCAUCAUACAGGAGGGCAAUGCCAAAGUGGGCCAGAAAUGUGUGAAGACCCUGUUCCGCUGCUCUUCCUUCAUGAACUGGGAGUUGCCAAAAAGGGCUUACAGCCAGAAGCCCUGGGACAACCAGCAACAGGCAGUGACCAAAAUUUGCAAGUAUCUCGUAAACUCCCAUCGAGACAGCGUCUCCACUUUCCUCAGCCAGAGCCUGGAGUAUGCCAAGAGUCCACGGCCCUCCCUCCGGAAGUCCUCUGUCAUCUUCAUAGGGUCCCUGGUCCCCUGCAUGGAGAACAUGAUGACUGAAGAGCGGCUGAAUGAAGUGAAAGCUACUCUGGAUAUCUUGAGACACGAUCCAGAAGCAUCCGUGUGUAUCUACGCGGCCCAAGCCCAGGAUCAAAUUAUGGCCAGUUGCUGGCGGAACUCUUGGCCACUGCCGUAUGGGGAUUCCUGGGUGUGUGACCCAUCCAGUACACACCGCUGGAGCCCCAGCUGUGAGAACCUGCCCACUUCCCACCAGCGACGCUCCUGGAUCAUGCAAGCCUUGGCCUCCUGGAAGAUGUCUCUGAAGCAGUGACAAGAACCCCAGCCAGAUCACUGUAAACACUGUGUGGUCAACCUCUCCAUCCAGAUGGAUUCCUCGAGAGAGAUCCCCUGAGCCCCUGAUGAGCCCCCGUGUAGCCCUCGCUCUGACAAGUCUGAGGGAAGAGCUCGGCCUUCAUGCGCUGAUUCAUUUGACAUUUACCAAUGCGUGCAGGCUGUUUUGUUCGCUUUGUAUUACGGGAGACCGAGGCUCAGAGUAGUGCAGUGCGUUGACCAAAGCCACUCAGGGGUCUCCUGGAGAUAGAGCAGAAGGGUGAUGAUUUGGGUGGCUCUUGGGGAAAGAGAA